AUGUCAACGCUCGAAGACCUCGACGACCUUGAUCGUCAAGAGAAGGAGGAGAAGAAAGAUGAGGACAAGGACAAGAAACCCUCAAAUUCGGCCAAUGGCGCCAACGGCGAUGCUGAGAUGAAAGAUGCAGAAGACAAGAAGGAAGAAGCAGAAGAAGACAUCGAUGUAGAGAUUCUUCAAUCAUCCACCAGAGACGUGAUCAAUCGCCGACGGUUACUGGAGAACGAGCUCAAGAUCCUGAAGUCGGAGUUCCACCGCCUCAAGCACGAAGAGACUACCAUGAAGGACAAGAUCAAGGACAACAUGGACAAGAUUGAGCAGAAUCGGCAGCUGCCGUAUUUGGUCGGCAAUGUUGUCGAGCUGCUGGAUCUGGACGUGGAAGCGGAGGCGGCAGAGGAAGGGGCGAACAUUGAUCUGGAUGCUACAAGAGUGGGCAAGAGCGCAGUCAUCAAGACGAGUACCCGACAGACUAUCUUUCUGCCUUUGAUUGGAUUGGUGGAUCACAAUAAGCUGAAGCCAGCGGACUUGAUUGGUGUGAACAAGGACUCAUACCUGGUAUUGGACACUUUGCCAGCUGAGUACGACUCGAGAGUCAAGGCUAUGGAGGUGGAUGAGAAGCCGACGGAGAAGUACACCGAUGUUGGUGGUUUGGAUAAGCAGAUUGAGGAGCUGGUGGAGGCUGUUGUAUGGCCGAUGAAGGAAGCUGAGCGGUUCAAGAAGAUUGGCAUCAAGGCGCCCAAAGGUGCCCUCAUGUACGGCCCUCCCGGUACUGGCAAGACCCUCCUCGCUCGAGCCUGCGCAGCACAAACCAACGCCACUUUCCUGAAACUUGCCGGCCCCCAGCUCGUGCAGAUGUUCAUCGGAGACGGCGCCAAGCUCGUGCGUGAUGCCUUCGCUCUAGCCAAAGAGAAAGCACCUGCGAUCAUCUUCAUCGACGAGCUCGACGCGGUCGGCACCAAGCGAUUCGACUCCGAAAAAUCCGGUGACCGUGAAGUUCAACGAACCAUGUUGGAGCUCCUUAAUCAGCUCGACGGCUUUGCAUCUGAUGAGCGCAUCAAAGUCCUUGCUGCCACCAAUCGUGUCGAUGUCCUUGAUCCUGCUCUGCUAAGAUCUGGACGUCUGGACCGAAAGAUCGAAUUCCCUCUGCCAAACGAGGAGAGCAGGGCACAAAUCCUGAGGAUUCACUCGAGAAAGAUGACGGUGGAUGAAGACAGCGUGAACUGGAAUGAGUUGGCGAGGAGUACGGAUGAAUUUGGUGGUGCGAUGUUAAAGGCUGUGUGUGUUGAGGCAGGGAUGAUUGCACUGAGGAAGGGGCAGGUGAAAAUUGGGCAUGAGCAUUACGUUGAUGCCAUCGCGGAGGUGCAAGCGAAGAAGAAGGACACAGUCAACUUCUACGCCUAA